AUGACCACUUGGUCGGACCUUCUGCCGGAGAUUCUCAACAGGAUCGCCGGAAAGUUAGAUUUCUAUGAAGAUUCUGUCAACUUUCUUUGUGUUUGUACUUCAUGGAAAUCUUCUGUUUCUACAACAAAAACCAUGAUGAGACAUCGUCCUUCUCGGUUACCCAUGUUGAUGCUUGCAGAAUCCAACACAGAUGAAGACAAUGAACACCAACUGCGUAGGUUCGUUCUUCUUUCAAACGGCGGUACCAUGCGUAAGCUGCCACUACCAGAGGCGCAACGACAGCAAUGUGUAUCGACUCACGGGUGGCUGCUAACAACCGGCGAGGAAGAGUUUUGUGCCAAGCUCGUUAACCCGCUUUCUCGGGCACAGAUCGAUCUCCCACGGAAGUAUAUGUUUGAUGAAUUGUACGCUGAUCAAGAUGAAUGGAUGUACUACUUGUUUAGCAUGAGAAAAGUGUUGUUUACAUCACCAAACCUUUUGUCAUCAGACCCCUCGUUUCGUGUUAUCAUCAUUUGGGGGAGAACUAUCGGAUUUUGCCAGCCCGGAGAUGCUUCGUGGACUCGAAUCAACGGUUGGGAAGGACAUCUGUUCGAUAUCUCGUAUCAUAGAAUGCGAAAACGGCUCUAUGUAGUGGCCACCAUGGGAACAAUCUACGAAUGUGACAUAAUUAACGAUGUUUUGUGUCCUAAAACGUUGUCUCGAGUGACAACGUUCCCAGGAGAAGAGUUUGGGUGCUCGUGUGUUCCGUGGGCGUAUUUACUCGAGUGGGGGUGUGACAGUUUGCUAAUGGUUACCCGUGAACGUUACUAUUUCAAGAAACAUGAUGAUGAAUAUGGGCGUUAUGGACCGUAUAGGACUAGUAGGUUUCAAUGUUUUGUGUUUGGGUUAGACGAUGGAAAGUGGUCGAAAAUCACGAGUUUGGGGGGCAAAGCGGUCUUUGUAGGGUUCAAUUCAUCGUUUGCUAUCCAUGGUGGCGAAGGUGUGAAGCCGGAUUGUAUUUACUUCACCGAUGAUCUUUAUGAACCAUACCGUGGUCUACCGGAGGGCGGUGGAGGAGAUGUCGGAAUAUAUCAUAUGUUUAACGGUAGAAUCGAAACCCUCUUCGAGUCACAAGAGUCGGUUUUCCGGUCUAGUCCUCCUUUAUGGCUUCAAACAAGCACUCUUCCUAUAAUUAAGGGAAUUAAGUAG